AUGAGCCGAGAAAUCUCCCAGGAUGAGGUGUCGCAAAACAACAGCGCCGACAGCUUAUGGUGUAUCAUCGACUCCAAGGUCUACGACUUGACCGACUUUGCGGACGCCCAUCCCGGUGGCGCGACUGUGCUCCAGCAAGUUGCAGGUCUCGAUGCAACAGUUGAAUUUUUCAAUCUCCACAGACUGGAGGUCCUACAGAAGUAUGAGAAGUCAUUAUGCAUCGGCACGGUGCAGGGCGAGAAACCCCAAGUCAUAUAUCCAAAGCCGGGAGAUCUCAGUUUGGUGCCUUAUGGAGAGCCUACUUGGUUGACCCCGCAAUUCAAGAGUCCCUACUACAAGGAGAGCCAUCGGCGGCUGCAGCGGGCGAUGCGAGUUUGGGUUGAUACGGUAUUGACACCUGAGGCCCAGGAAAAGGAGAACAGCGGAAAGAGGAUUUCCGACGCGACCAUCCAGGAGAUGGGGCGCCUCGGAAUGAAUGCAAUGCGCAUGGGACCUGGGCCUCACCUCAAGGGGCUCACUUUGAUGAAUGGAGCAGUGACCCCGGAAGAAUUCGAUUACUUCCAUGAAAUGAUCAUCACUCAGGAGCUCUGUCGAACUGCUACUCGAUCCUUCAAUGACGGCAACCUGGGUGGCAUGAUCAUCAGCUUGCCGGCUGUUCUGUACCAUGCCAAAGACCAUAUUCGAAAGCGAGUGGCUGAAGAGUGCUUGUCGGGUACGAAGAAGAUUUGCCUAGCGAUUUCAGAGGCAUUUGCCGGUUCGGAUGUGGCUGGAAUGAAGACAACCGCCGUCAAGAGCCCAGACGGAAAGCAUUACAUUGUGAACGGCACCAAAAAAUGGAUCACCAACGGGGUUUUCUGCGAUUAUUUCGUGACCGGCGUGAAGACCAAGAAAGGCUUCUCAGUACUGUUGAUCGAACGACAAGAAGGAGUCGAAACCACGCAGAUCAAAACGAGCUAUUCCACAACCGCCGGGACAGCGUUCAUCAAGUUCGACAAUGUCCAAGUGCCAGUCGAGAACCUGCUCGGUGUUGAAGACCAAGGUUUCAGGGUGAUAAUGACGAACUUCAACCAUGAGCGGUGGAUGAUCACAACAUUCAGCGUUCGAUCAAGCCGGAUGAUCGUAGAGGAUUGUAUAAAAUGGGCGAACCAGAGAAGGGUGUUCGGAAGGAGGUUGAUCGAAGAACCAGUGAUCAGACAGAAACUCGCCAAAAUGAUCGCUCACGCCGAAGCCAUCCAAAACUACCUCGAGAACAUCACCUAUCAGAUGUGCAACAUGACUCAGGAAGAGCAAAACCGACACCUGGCCGGCCCCAUUGGCCUCUUCAAGAUGUUUGCCACUCGCGCAGCCCACGAGAUCGCUGACGAAGCUGUCAAUAUAUUCGGAGGCCGGGGUAUCACAACCACCGGGAUGGGCAGGAAUGUCGAGAUGUUUCAUCGCACCUAUAAGUUUGACGCCAUUCUCGGAGGAACUGAGGAGAUUUUGGGCGAUCUUGGUGUAAGGCAGGCAAUGAAAUAUAUGCCGAAAGCAAUGCUGUAA